AUGAUUCGGGUCAAAGACCCUAAGAAAUCGGUUGAAUUCUACAAAUUUCUCGGCCUAAACCAAAUCCAACAGCUUGAUUUCCCGGAUAACAAAUUCUCCCUCUACUUCCUCGCCUACAACGGCCCGCACUCCCUCCAGGGCGACCGCCACUGGACAGACCGCAACGCCGUGCUCGAACUCACUCACAACCACGGCACCGAGAACGACCCCAACUACAGCAUCACAAACGGCAACACAGAGCCGCACCGCGGCUACGGUCACAUCGCCAUCUCCGUCGACAACAUCGAGGCCGCCUGCCAGCGACUCGAAGAUGCCGGGCACGUUUUCCAGAAGAAGCUCACGGAGGGCCGCAUGAAGCACAUCGCUUUCGUUAAGGAUCCCGAUGGAUACUGGGUUGAGAUCAUUAAGCGCCAGGAUGAGUCGAUUAGCACGACUACGGAUCCCGCGUCCUACCGCUUGAACCAUACUAUGCUGCGUGUUAAGGACGCCGAGGCGAGUCUUAAGUACUACCAGGAGGUAAUGGGCAUGAAGCUUGUUAGGACGAUUGAGAACAAGGAGGCUGGCUUCAACCUUUACUUCUUGGGGUACCCUGCGUCGAACCCACAGGCUGCUGAGGGGGCUAGGAACCCCGUUGCUGAGUGGGAGGGCUUGCUUGAGUUGACGUGGAACUACGGCACUGAGAAGCAGGAGGGCAAGGUUUACCACAAUGGUAAUGAUGAGCCGCAGGGCUUUGGACAUAUUUGUGUCUCCGUCGAUGACCUGAACGCCGCCUGCGAGCGAUUCGAGUCGCUCAACGUCAACUGGAAGAAGCGCCUAACGGAUGGCCGGAUGAAGAACGUUGCGUUUGUUCUUGACCCCGAUGGAUACUGGAUUGAGGUUAUUCAGAACGAGGCUUUGAAGCGCACGAGUAACUGGUGA